AUGCUCCACCAGAUCAUGGGUCAGGCUAAGAAGCAUCCAAGCUUGAUCCCCCUCUUAGUAUUUAUUGGAGCUGGAGGUACUGGAGCAGGACUGUAUCUCUUGCAUCUGGCAUUGUUCAAUCCAGAUGUUAGUUGGGACAGAAAGAAUCACCCAGAUCCCUGGAACAAACUGGGUCCCAAUGAUCAAUACAAGUUCUACUCAAUGAAUGUGGAUCACAGCAAACUGAAGAAAGAAGGUCCAGAUCUCUAA